GAAGAAAAAAAAAUGUUACAGCAGUGAGUGUGUGUGCGUACGCGCGGACGAAAGACGACGACGGAACGGGGCCCUCCGCAGCAGCAGCAGCAGCAGCAAAUAAGAAAAUACGCGAAAAAGAUUAGCCAGGCCACCCUUCCCGGUGCAAACGAUUCGCGGAACACGGUGCCGGAACAGGGCGACGGUGGUGGUCGAUUCCCUUUGGAGUGUCGCCUCGCGAGUGUCGUGGAAACCUUGACGCAGGAGGAGGAGAAAAAGCUGAAGGUUGUGUGGUGCUGUACCGAGUUCGUCGGGAUUGGGCCGUCCGAUGGGUUGGUGAGUGUGGUCACACCCUGGUCCAGUUUUCCCCGCGGGGAUUGAAGGAACACCCGGAAUCAGGGAAUAAAUCCCUCAGUGCCUGCUACGUUUUGGGCUUUCGCCACCUCCGUGGCUGUUCCCCUCCUGUCAUCAGGGCCUUGUGUCAAAAACGAAGAAAACAAGAGAAGGAAAAUUGCAGUGGAACCAAUCGCCGCGGAACGGUUGUAACGAUUGCGACGGUUUUAGGAGCGGACUAGCGGCGUUAAAAUGUCUAGCCCCGGUUCGAUACGGAACCGCAUCAACAAGAUUGAGGCCGAACUGCUGCCAGGACAAUCGGCGGCCCAGCAGCAGCAACAACAGCAGCUGCCGCAGCAACCUCCGAUGUUUGUCCCGGGCCCUCCACUGCAGCGUCCCUGGGGGACACCGCCAACUCCGCCGACCCUCAACUUUGAUCGCGCGCAACGCGGUGGCAGCGGCGGACUCGGUUCCGGACGAGGACGACCAAACCUGGACAUUCGGAUACCACCGAGCGGCACCUGGCGGCCCGAGUCGGAGAUGCGCUUCCAGUCGAUCAUGGAGAAAAGCGGCAUGCUGAAGAUCAACGACCAAAUCUACAAGACCUCGCUGGCGGACAUGCAGGAAAUGGGUGAACUGGGCAGCGGAACCAGUGGUCACGUGGUCAAGAUGUGCCACAAGCCGAGCAAUACGGUGAUCGCGGUGAAGCAGAUGCGUCGCACCGGUAACGACGAGGAGAACAAGCGAAUCAUCAUGGAUCUGGACGUGGUGCUCAAGUCGGAAAAGUGCCGUUACAUCGUCAAGUGUCUCGGCUGCUUCAUCACCGACGCCGACGUGUGGAUCUGCAUGGAGCUGAUGACGACCUGUUUCGACAAGCUGCAGAAAAAGUACAAGAAACCAAUUCCCGAGCAGAUCCUGGGCAAGGUGACGGUGGCCACGGUGACUGCGCUCGCCUAUCUGAAGGACCAGCACAACGUGAUUCAUCGGGACGUGAAACCGUCGAAUAUACUGAUCGACGACCGGGGGAACAUUAAGCUGUGCGACUUUGGCAUCAGUGGCCGGUUAGUGGACUCGAACGCCAAAACAAGAUCCGCCGGGUGCGCCGCGUACAUGGCGCCCGAACGAAUAGACCCGGCCAAGUCCCGGUACGACAUCCGGGCGGACGUGUGGUCGCUGGGAAUCACCCUGGUAGAGCUGGCGACCGCCCUCUUCCCCUACCGGGGCUGCAAAACCGACUUCGAAGUUCUCACCAAAGUGCUCACAUCCAGCCCGCCUCGCCUCCCCGAGGACCAGUCGUUCAGCCCCGAGUUCCGGGACUUUGUCCAGCGCUGCCUGCAGAAGGAUUUCGAGGCGCGACCAAAGUACCCCGAACUGCUGAAGCAUCGCUUUCUGCAGCAAGCCGAAAAGGACACCAGCACCGACGUGGCCGGUUGGUUCCGCAACGUGGCCAUCGGCUGUGGCAUUCAGCUAACCUCUCCGCCGCAGCUGUUGGCGAACGCUGUUGGGCCAGGAUUUGCCUCCUCCAGCUCGCUGAACUCCGUCAGCAUCCAGAGGCCUUCUUCUUCGGCGUCGGAUCAAAAUAGAGUCCCGACACCAUUCGAAAGUCUGACGGAAGCGGUCCAGGCGCAGUCGAACCAGCAAAAGCAAACCGUAAUAGCAUCGUCCAUACCGAUCAAAUCCAGCAACAUGCCAAACCACACCAGCAACAGCAGCAGCAGCAACGUUGAUCUGCACCACCAGCAACAACAGCUUCACACAAAACUCAGCAACAUUAGCUUGGCGCCGUCCGCGGCGCCCCAAACUACCUCGUCUUCCAUGCCCUACGAUCUGCGGUCCCCGUCACCGGCACAUCACCUCCAACUACAACAACACCAACAACAAAUGCAAACACCUCAGGCUCAGUAUCUUAAACUGCAACCAAAUAGUGCGAUAGUUAGUAGUAGCACCAGUAGUACCGUCAACGUCAACCUGCCGGACGGCAACCGCAAGUACAAACAGUCGCCCUUUCUGCCCCGACGGAUGGUGGUGGACACGAACGCAAAUGCCGCGGCCGGCUCGUCCUCGUCGGUCGUCGAUUCGCCCCUGCUGUACGGCAGCCCAAAGAAGGAAUCCACGCUGAGCAGUCUGGGCCAGAGUCUGUUCAAGAACCUGACCACGUCGCCGUUCUCGCACCGAAAGUCGGAGCAAAAGUCGUACAAGCCACCGCUGCCGGGCGAGGACGGUGGCGGCGGGAUGAUGCUGAACGGAAACCGAGGUGGCUUCAGCAAUCCGUCGUCGCCGUUGAUGCUGAACAGAAAGAUGAUUGACCUGAACGAAGACCAGCAGUACAAGCAUCUGCAAGGCAAUACUAGUCCCAUUGUUCUUCAACGAUUCUACCAUCAGCAGAAUCAGCUGAGAGAAACCAAACAGUACGAGCAGCCAUCGACGACCAACCCGUUCUACCAGCAGCAUCAGCAGCAGCAACCCAGCGGCAUCCCGGUCAAGUACAGUCCGCUACCCUCGCACCGAACCGUGCACCACCCGUCAAACCCGGCGUUCGCCGCCACCGGCACCGUUGGCAGCUAUCCGCAGCUCGUGCCCGCCGAGUCGAGCAACAUCCCGACGUACCAAUACCAACAGCUGACCAGCAGCAGUAGUCCCAAGCACAAGACCGGCUUCUUCAACACGUUCGGUCGGGCCAAGAGCAGCAGUAGGGAGAGCAAUGGUGGUGCCGGUGGAAGCAGUGGCAUGGCCAGGGCGGGUGAGCGCUGUGGGAGUGCCGGCAGUGAAGGGGGUUUCCCCGAGGGAGGAGGAGGUGGUUUCUACGCGAACCAUGGUCAGCAGCUUUACGGGCGGCAAACGCUGCCCGAGUACGGGAGUGCGGGUUAUGCGAUGCAGGGCGUUAGUAACGGAGGGGUCCCGGGGGAUGGCGUCAAGGACGAUACGGGAUGGUUCACUUCCAUUGCAGAUCUCGCCAAGCGACGGUUCGCUUCGUUCGUGAAGCUCAACCUGGCCACUACGGGUGAAAAGCGACCAAAGGACAAGCACCUCCAAAACCAGCUUCUCCAGCAGCAGCAACAGCAGCAGAUGUACCAUCAACAACCAUCGUUUCCGUUUGGCAGUGGAAACGGCGCGACGGUUGCGCCGGUGAACCACUACGGCAGCAAUCCGUUUGGUGUGGCUGGGUCGAGCACGGGGAUACCGUCGGCGAUACCACCGUCGGCGGCGGCCCACGUGCUCGGGAAUGACCGGCGCCACCGGAGUCCGGAUCCACCACCAAGGUUCAACCGAGGUCAGUCUCCCCUGCUGUUGCACCGGAAGCUGGAAAAGCUCGGCCAGUCGCCGAUUCUAAAUCAACGGUUCACCUCUGCGUCCCCGUCGCCUCCGCUACCCCCAAGGCGAGGUUCCGAGAGCGUGCCCGGAUCGCCGCAGCACAUCCGCACCCGCAUCCACUACACCCCGGAGCCCCACCGGCGACCGUACCGAACGAUAGACCAAUGAGUGGCGGUGAUCGUCCAGGUCAUGUGAUCGAUGUACAGCUUCUUGGAUUGAGCGCGGCCUGGGUAAGAUGUGUUUGUGCUUGCCCUGUAAGCUUAUUGUACGCGAUGCGAUUGCUGUUUGUCAGGAGUUUUGACGCGCCUUAUUCGUAAAUACCUUGUAAUCCCCCUCCCCCCUUGUUCAGACACACUCUGAAGUCUUUCUGCAUGAAAAGACAUCAGCGACAGCAAGCAAGAAACAACAAAUUACGAAGAAAAAAACGACACAAAAAUACGACUUUCGCCUAGUUUUGUUAAGAACGACGAACUUUCCCAAAGCCAAAAGUUCGAUCACUUGUAUGAAAGAUCAAAGUCUUGAAAACGACUCCGUUGAGGCGUGAAAUCUCUCCUUCGCAAGGCCUCGGUUGGAAUGCAUUUCAAACGUUUGCUGUUUGGCAAGGUGCUCUCCCCAAAUUUGUCCAGUAUCGCAAUUUUGACAUCACUCGAAACCAAAAUUACAUCUCAAGCACAUUUGGAAAACUAGCAAAAAUGAUAAAACAAUAGUACGAGAUCGAUUAAAAACUUAUCAUUGUGAUUCAAACUGUCCGCGCUUUCGUCUCGUGUUGUCUCUUAACUAUUAUAACAAAUUAAAGAGGGCAAACAAAACAAUUGUAGCUUUGCUAGUAUAUUUAUUCUUCUUAGCGAAACAAGCUUAACUUGCUUCUUUGUUCACAAUAUGGCAUCGUUGCGCAGACUGCUUUUUUCGGAAAAGGACUUCAAACAUCCAGCCUGGUUUGAAGCAGCAAGCUCAUUGUGCUACUCACUUUUACAAUGUGUUUUGACCUUAAAGAUGGUAUUUUUGGAAUGUAACGUACGCAAAGCAACACAAAAAAAAACUCUAUUUAUAGUCUACAUCUAUUUAUGCUUAACAAAUUCAUUACAAACAGACUGGAGAAACUAUAUUCUUUAGAAGAAGCAAAACUAAGAAAAAAAUAUUUCGCUCGCUGGCCUGUCUCGUGCACGAACGCUUACAAAAUAAAAGAGCAAAAUUUGCCUAAAAACAACAGAAUUACACGCACGAAUCACGCCAUAGCUAAAUUUAAAAAAGACCUACAACUUUCAAAAUUAUAUUAAACCCUUAAAAAAGUGCAAACAGAUAACGCUAAAGUGUACAUUUUACAUUCAACCGUACAUGCAACCCCUUAACAGAGAAGGCACAGAGUUGUCAAACCAAGAUGGUAUGACAGCAGAGCAAAAAAAAAAGAAUGAUUUGUACAUAAUUCUAUAUCUACCUACAUACUUCUAUAUCUAUAGUUCUUUAAAGAGCAAAACAAAAAAGUAAAAACAGACACAAAAAUCGACAAAAAAGUAUAGGUUAACAAAAACACAAAAA